GUUCCUGUUCCGGCUCCCGCCUGGGGGGAGAGCGGCGCGGAGGAGCGCUCUGUGGUCUUCGCGGGGUCGGAGCAGCAGCGGCGGGAGAGAAAAAGGAUACCAAUAAGAGCCUUUGCGACAACUGAGAAUCACAAGCAGCAUUAAAAAGGAAAGCAAAUCAAGCCAGCAAUCAAAUCUUUUCCACUUACUCCAGAGAACCCCAAAACUCUUCUCCUUCCACAGCAGGUGACAGACAAGGAAGAGAAAAACUGGAAGAGAGUUUUUGAGCUGGAAAAAAUUGAUUAUGUGGAACUCAAAUAUUCCAUGAAAACAUCAAGGGGGACAAUUUCCAAAUUCCGAGAAAGAGGGAAAUAUCUGGAAGUCAGUGGGGAGGAAGAGGUCACCUGGCUAGCCACAUAGGGCAGACAGUAAAGCAAGCCUAACCCUGUGAGGAAGGAAACAGUCACUUGAAUCAAAGCACCACCAAACAAGGGAUCAGAAAUCGUUUCGAUCUCCUCGAAAAUCCAAGAAUAUCAUUGGUGGAAAAGCCCAACAGAGGUGUAUAUUGUGGGAAAAGCACAGAUUACAGAUCACAAGUGAUUAUGCACGAGAGGACCCACGCAGAUGAGAAGCCCAACCUGUGUUCUCAAGGCACCAAAAGCUUUAGCAAGGACGCCACCCUGGUGAAUCACAAGAGGACUCACACCAGGGAGAAACCAUAUGAGUGUCCAGAUCGUGGGACAGGUUUCAGUCAGAAUUCCAAACUGUUGAGACACCAGAGGACUCACACAGGAGAGAAACUGUACCAGUGUCCGGAUUGUGGAAAAAAAUUCAGUCAGAAUUCAUACCUGGUGAUACAUCAGAGGACUCACACAGGAGAGAAACCGUAUAAGUGUCCGGAUUGUGGGAAAAGUUUCAGUCAGACUUCCCACCUGGUGAACCACCAGAGGACUCACACAGGAGAGAAACCGUAUGAGUGUCCGGAUUGUGGGAAACACUUCAGUGAGAAGUCCAGCCUGGUGAUACACCAGAGGACUCACACAGGAGAGAAACCCUAUGAAUGUCUGGAUUGUGGGAAAAGUUUCAGUCAGAAUUCCCACCUGGUGAUACACCAGAGGACUCACACAGGAGAGAAACCGUAUGAGUGUCUGGAUUGUGGAAAAAAUUUCAGUCAGAAUUCACACCUGGUGAUACACCAGAGGACUCACACAGGAGAGAAACCGUAUGAGUGUCCGGAUUGUGGGAAAAGUUUCAGUGAGAAGUCCAGCCUUGUGGUACACCAGAGGACUCACACAGGAGAGAAACCGUAUGAGUGUCCGGAUUGUGGGAAAAGUUUCAGUCGGAAUUCCGAACUUGUGAGCCACCAGGGGACUCACACAGGAGAGAAACCGUACGAGUGUCCGGAUUGUGGGAAAAGUUUCCGUUGGAAGUCCAGCCUGGUGACGCACCAGAGCACUCACACAGGAGAGAAACCCUAUGAGUGUCCGGAUUGUGGGAAACAUUUCAGUCAGAAUUGUCACCUUGUGUUGCACCAGAGGACUCACACAGGAGAAAAACCACAUGAGUGUCCAUAUUGUGGGAAAAGUUUCAGUUUGAAUUCCCACCUGGUGAUACACCAGAGGACUCACACAGGAGAGAAACCAUAUGAGUGUCUGGAUUGUGGGAAGAGUUUCAGUCAAAAUUGUCACCUGGUGUCGCACCAGAGGACUCACACAGGAGAGAAACCAUAUGAGUGUCUGGAUUGUGGGAAAAGUUUCAGUCAGAAUUCCCACCUGGUGAACCACCACAGGACUCACACAGGAGAGAAACCGUAUCAGUGUCCGGAUUGUGGGAAAAGUUUCAGUCGGAAUUCCGAACUGGUGAUACACCAGAGGACUCACACAGGAGAGAAACCGUAUGAGUGUCCAGAUUGCGGGAAAAGUUUCAGCGCGAAGUCCAGCCUGGUGAACCACCAGAGGAUUCACACAGGAGAGAAACCAUAUGAAUGUUUGUAUUGUGGGAAAAGUUUCAGUCGGAAUUCACAGCUGGUGACUCACCAGAGGACUCACACUGGGGAGAAACCCUAUGAGUGUCAGGAUUGUGGGAAAAGUUUCAGUUGGAAUUCCCAACUGGUGAUACACAAGAGGACUCACACAGGGUACAACCCUUAUGAAUGUCUGUAUUGUGGGAAAAGUUUCAUUUCGAAUUCCCACAUGGUAACACACCAGAGGACUCACAAAGGAGAGGAAUCAUAUGAGUGUCCAGAUUGUGGGAAAGAUUUCAGUCUUAGGUCUGGCCUUAUAAAUCAUGUAGCUUUACACAUAGGAGAGAAACCCUUCAAAUGCCCAGACUGUGGAGAGUGCUUCAGAAUAAAUUCCUCCCUUAGCAGACACAAGGACAUCCACAUGAGGCAGAAGGUGAUGAGUGUAGAGAAGGCUUGAAUUUCACUUCUCAUCUCCCAUUGAACAUCCAGCUGAAACGUGAAGUAUUUAAUUUCUGGGCUGAUUUGUUUUUGGUCAGACGUCUCAGUAUGAGAGAUGAGGGAGGAGAGAAAAAAAUUGUAAAAUGUUUGUUUGAGAAAGGCCAACUACCCGUGUCUGGCUCUCAGCAGAACUUCCCAGUAAGCUACUGCAGGUCCUAAAAGAUACAUGAAAAAAAAAGUGGAGCACUCAGGGUUUAUGAGAGAAUAUAUUGGGGAAGUUUGUGACAGUGACAAAAGCCGUGUAAAGUUUCAGACGGAAAGGCUCUUCUGCCUUGCAGUUGAACAUGAUGGAUAAGAGCGGCAGGAAGAUUGAGCUGAAGAGAAAAGGGAUUGUAGUUUUGAGCGUAGGAUCUCCAGGUUUAUGAGCAGCCCCUGCUGUGAUCGUGUUUGCCUGGAGGUGCCUCUUGUUAGCCUUGGACGGCUGUGGGCGAUAGCAGUGCCAAGGGGCUGAGCCUUUUGUUGCAUCCCCCUCGGUGGUGGAGGUGGGAGAAAAGAACUGCACAGCGGAAGAUGUUUUAUGUCUAGAAAUGGAUUGUGUAAGAACCAUUCAUGGCUUUUGAGAAGGAAAGAAACUGGGUAGUGUCAGCGUUGCUGUGAACGUGGGGCUGAGAAAAGGCAGAGCUCCCAAGACAUGGGAGAUGUUUCCAUUUCUUUCCCUCCUUUCUCAGGGAUUCUUUUGAAGUUUUUCCACUGAAUCCCUACAAGAAAAGAGAGGAAAAUUACUUGUAGCCGCUAAGUGGUAUUUUAGCCGUGCAGAUGAGUGAUCCUGAUUUUGCUGAGUUCAGAAGACCCCAAAGAAUUCAAGGCUUGUUCAUUUCAGGAACCCAGUUCAGAGAUCAGGUGUGACAAUCCACCCCUCUGAUGUUAAUGAUAUGGACUCUCGCCACAAGCCAUGGAAGGACAUGGAAAAGUUCUUUAGUCAAUAGAAGUGGAUAGGGAUUAAGAGCAAAGAGCAGAUUAAGCAGAUGCGGGCGCAAACACAAAUUUAAACAUGGCAGAUUCUCAGGCACUCCCCCACCUCCCCUCCCCCACCGGCUUGCUUCCCGUAACUCUAACCUGUCAGUCUUUGGUGUUCCCAGCUGGACGACCUUGGUGUCUGGUUCCUCUUUUCCCACCUUCAACCACCAGCAUGCCAUUCCUGUUGGGGACGAUGGGCAGUGAUACAAAUUCAAAUAAAUAAAUUCCUAUCUCUAGCAGCUCUUCUUCUGUCUGGCAAGCACUCUAGCUAAUCAUCACAAGCCUCAUGCUAACUAAAUCUAGUUACUACAAAACCCGUCUAUCUCAGGAAGGACGGCAGGAUGGCGUCCUGACGUCAGGUUAUCAUUUUUUUUCCUAGUAGGUCACUCUGCAUAUGAUCCCUUUGCAGAAGGACACUCAACAAGCAGGACCAGGGUGGGGUGGGGAGGAAGCAAGAGGCUCUUUUGGCCUGAGCCUCAAGCUCGGAGUGGCUUCAAAUUUAAAGGUCUGCAAAGUUGUUGAACUUUAAACUGUUCAAAUUAUAUUUACUUCUCUCCCCCUUCCUCUCUCUUGCUCUUUUUUGGUGCCGUAUUUUUGUGCACACCUGUUAUGACGUCCCAUUUUAUUAUGGGCAGGAGCUGCCAAUGCUUCUUUCCCUCAGGAUUUAUUUUGUAAGUUUGCCAUUUUUGGGGCAUUGCCAAUUGUAGAGCGAUAUCUUCUUGGACAUGGAUGGUGUCAGUGCAUUUAUAGAAAGAUCCAUCCUGCAGUCGGGACUUUUCUCUUAGGAGAUACAGAUCGGGAAGCCCUGCUCAGGCCCACCAGUAUCUUGCGCUCAUCCCGUUCUUGAAUUUCUCCCCAUAUUUAGUGGUUGGUUCUGCAGGGUUAACUGAAGACUUAUCAAUUCUAUUCAAAUUGUACUCUGCAGUCUAUGCUGUGUUCCCUUCUUGUGAGUAAACAAACAAAAAGCUUC